AUGCCCACUUCUACUUCAGAUCCGUUGGGUUCUCGACAAAUGGACCCCAAGGAAUUCUCUACAGGCAACUUUUGUGUGGGUGGCAGCGGCGGUAUCCGUUAUGUGACUCCCCCGAUGAAUGAGAGAGGAGGGGGGGGUAGGACCUUCCCGACCAAAACCCCCGACGCGACGAUUCAAUUUCAGAGAUUCAAAAAACACGACCCUAAACCGGCCAUUCAGCCCCCACCAGAGCCCUUUCACUCCCCAUCCUCCUUCUCCACGCGGGAUUACAGCAGUAUCCACUCUUCCACGACCUCCACGCCUUCUAAACGCCCGCGCAGCCCUUCGCUCUCUCGGCCCUCUUCCUUUACUUCGCUCACAGGGGCCUCCGCAUCGGUUUUUAGUCAUCCCCCCAGCGUCCCCUUUCCGAGCCCGAAAACCUUCCGAAAGGAGGACCUCCCCAAUAGCUUCCCUGGCCCUGGGCGGGGGAAACUCCCACGCGCGGAUCCUUCGUUUAGCACGUCGAUGAGUUUCCGCGAAGGUCGAGGGUCAAGCGGGGAUCUCCUCUCCUGCUCCUGUUCUUCACCGCUUAUUGGGGGCUUCCCACGGAUUCCCUCUUGUGGGGUGGGGAAUCCCUCCCUUCGCCUGCCUCCGCCUCUUAAACACGCAAUAACCACUCACGAUGACGACGAGGGGGAGGGGAGAAGAGGGAAGGGGAGUGAUUCACAGGAGGAGUUUCCGCCGCGGGAGAGCAUCGGGGAGCCCGUGCGGGCGCCGUCCGUACCCCGGCAGGUCUCCCCCGACGCCGAGGCGCUUCGCGAGCUUGACAAGGAAAAUACCCGCAACAUGGAAAAACCCCCUGCGUCGUCGUCAUCCUCUGGGAUGGUAGGGGGCGUACCCCCCCUUCGCGCCCGUUCAAUUCGCUUUUUCGAGCCGAUUCAGGGCUUGUCAGGGCGUCGGGUGCAUCCGUUGGAGGUGAGUGAGGUGCUCGGCGUGCUCCCCGGGUUGGGGAGUGGGGAAAGAGGAGGAGGAGGAGGGGGGGGUUCGCCCGGGCGUCGCCUUUCCACCCUCCGCGGCGACCUCAUUGGGGAGGAAAAAGGUCGUCUGAGUGAAGUCUCCGCGUACGAGCCGGCCGAAGGGGAGCCGGAGAUCGACGAGGUGCGGUAUCUUCGCGAUCAGGAAGCGAGCGAAUCGGCCGACGCCGACGUCAUCGCGUGGUUGGAGCGGCGGAACCACCAAAAGUUCGUCGUUUCCCGCUCGCAGAGGGCGCAGGAUGCGCUUCGGAUGGGGAAUUCAACCACCCCCUCUAUUGCGACGACGGACUUCAAUCGCGUUCCAAACUCCAUUAGCGUGGUCUUCCAACCGCCCAUUCCUCGAUAUCAUCCACAAUUGAUGGAUGAUGGCUUCGCGAUGAUAUUUUCGGACGGCCCUGCGCGGGAUGCCUCGCCGCCGGUUCGCGAGCGGAGUGUAGCUCCUGCCGAGCUUCGUGAGGAGCGUCAGCGUGAGGCGGAGAAGCGGUUGCGUAAGGUGCUCUGA